ACACCUCUCCUCCCACCUCUCCUCCGCCAGCAUUUUUUUCUUCGCAUACUCCUUGUAUUUCCGACCUCGUUAUUAUUUUUCUUCUUCUUACGCCUGAAUCUGCUUAAUGUUUAUCUGCUCGCUCCGCCGCCGUCCUAUAUAAGCUGCAUCGUUCCUCCCAACCUCUCAUUUAUUCCUCGACCUCAGCUGCAGCUACCCGACUCGACAAGCAUUUUCUCUCGAAUUCAAGCAUUAAUUCACGAUACAAAAGCACAAAGAGUGAAGCUCACCACCAAUACAUUGUUUACGCGUAACGCUACAAAAUAAAACCAUACAUUACGCCCCCAUUUGCUCUUCCCGACGCUCUAUAUUGACGAUUACACCUGCGGCGGCAAUCCUGAUACUAAUCUUGCACUCUUCAAUCACCUGCACCGUCUAUCUCUGAACGCUGAUAUGAGCUACGCCAUGCUCUAGGCUCAAUAUGGUUGCGGCACCAUACAACCAGUUCCGGCCGGUCCACGACCCGUUCAAUGUCUACCAUGACGCCGCCAACUUGAACACUCACCGAGGCAGCCUACCUCAAGGCGGCUGCAAUUUCGUCGAUUUGACACAGGGAGCAGCAGGAACACGCUGUGGCUGCCGGAAGUAUUGGUCACGCCAAACAAUCGAAGGCCCCAACCCUGCGAUAUCCCACCAAGGCUGGUGUAUGUGUAAUCACCAUGCCUGUUUCCACGACGACAGACUGUCCGACGAGCAGGUGGCACCUAUUCCUAUUGCAAGCGGUCAAGAAAAUGAAAAACCAAAGCCACUACGAGAGCCAUUAUCUCCUAUGAUUGACGUACAAUCUCACAUGCCCCAGCCCGCUCAGAAUCUAGGGUUCCCUAGUUUCUCUGCGGGUGGUGCACCCUUAUCCUUUAUUCACGACAACCCUAUGGAUUUCAACAAUGGUAUCAGCCAGAACAAUACACCUCAGGUGGCCCCUUCACUCCCUGAUACUAUUCAUUGGGGAGACUUUGUCCAAUCACAAGUUGAAACGAGCGGCCUUCCACCUAUCCCGGCACAAUGCCUACUAGCAUCACAAACAGCAUCAACAACAUCUUCGGUUCAAGCAAAAUACCUUCGACCAUUUGCAGGAAAAGGAUUAAAUACUCUGGGUCCUCCUGCUCCCAGAGCUCCUAUUCCUCCCAGUCCGUUGUCGAACAAAUUCAGAACCCCGUUACAAGUGCAGCGCGAAGUCGAAACCUCGGCGAUGGUCAUUGACCAAGGAUCCAGUACCCCAAUGACGACGAUAACGACACAAAUAGAGCCUAGGUCAGCAGCGAAGGGUCCAUCGUCUCGAGAAGUUCUAAAGAACGUAACUGAGACGCUUGGAUCCCACGAGCAAAGACUGGAUCGACUUGAAACUACCUCUUUUGCCGCCCCAGCACACGAUGAAUGCCAUGAAAAGCACGAGCAUUUCGAUUUGCGUAUUACGGAUGUAGAAGGGAAGCUGGACGAGUUAUUAGAAAAGCAAAUCAACGAUGAUGGAGCUGUUAGUCGCCGUGGCGACAGAAGAGAUGAUGAUGCUACAACUCAAAGCGGUCUCUCUGUGGUCAGCGACGCGACCAGUCGACCAACCCGGGACCACGAUCUGCUUGCGCAGAUAAAGGCGCUUCAAGACCAGGUUUUACAUCUUCAAUCUCUAUCACCAUCUCACAACAACCCAUGGGAGAUUGAAGUAGUCUUUUUGCCAUUCCCUUUGAAGCGCGUCUGGCAAGACAUGCAUCAGUUCAAAAUCGAGCCUAAUGCCAGCAGUGAUGACUGGACACAGCUUCCAAUGACGAUGAGCUCCUCGCCCAUGCGAGCACAAACUCCAAUGUUUGGAGAUUGGGCUACUUCAGAUCACGAAAUAGAAUGGCUUUUGCCAAAAGCGUGUGCCGAUACUAGCGUUACCGAUCAGCGACUUCGCAGCCGCGGCCUGAUCAAGACUGUAUCAGUGAGGGGGACCGAUGCCAGAAGCAUCCAAGCCGCCAUCAACAACACCUUUGCAAGCGUAUUUGAGGAGAUGCAGGUUAUGCCACGCAGCCAUGAGACGGAUCAACGCCUAUCAAAGUUCCACGGUCUCCAGUCAUUCUGGGUACCUCUUCGCAAGAUCCAUAAGGAGUCACGGCUCCGCUUCCUUAGCCCAGCAGAAAUGAUUACUCCUGCUGUCUGGGAUGCCUCUUUCCUGAACUCCGUUAUGAUGCGAUCUUCUCAGCGCCGACUGUUCAUUACUCACCCAGAUGCCUACUUGCAGGAUCGUACUGCUUACGACUCUGGCUGGACAUGGCAGCGAAUUAGAGAACUCACGCGUGUCUACCCAGGAUCGGAUGCAUCACAGCGAGUACCAGAGGCCGACGCCCUGGAGGAUCAUUGGUCCUGGAAUGAGCAAAUGGAUGAACCAAUUUCAGCCAACAACUCUGGCAACUUUCGACAGCAGCACCGCAUAUCACGUUCACCCUCCUUUGCCCAAAUUGCACGUAUCGAGCGAUGGAGGUCACAGAGCCCAGCCAUUCUGCGCGACUCAACUCCAAUGGGGAGUGGGCGUCGCGGUUCCAUGCCCCCUCAUCUUAGAACAAUGUCGGGGCCAGUUGUGCCUCCAGCCCGGCCUUCUCCAUUGGAGCCUCCGCGGAGAAAUGCGUCAAUGACCAACUACCACCGGUACGCGUCGCCAGCUGUCCGUGUUGGACCGAACGGUGGAAUAAUGAAACCCCGCCGAACCCGAUCACCCAGUUUCGCUCAGGCUACGCCCAGGUGGACAACCUCACCAAGCCCAGCUCCAUGGGCCUCACAUGAGCGACAUGGCCAACGUGGUAUGACGCCUUUCGCCUAUGCCACUCCGUAUAGCGCCACGCCUGUUCAAGACCCACGAGCCACGAGAAGCGGGAGCACUGUGCGUUUUGACGCUCAACACCGUUACUACGACGAUGAUGGGCAAGGCGAGUACUAUGGCAAUUUUGGUGCCGAAUCGGCUGAUGAUGAGGAUAUCGAUGUAUACGAGGAUGAUGUACCGAUUAAACGGGAUGAAAGCGACUCGGAUAAUGACAUUGACGCUGUCCCCAUGGCUGAGCGACAGGGCGAAGGCAUCCCCGAUUCUGGCGACUUUCCUUGUGGUGAUGAUGACCCAUGGCCUGGCAUUGAAGAUCAGCCGCCAUCAGACGGCGAAAAUGUCGAUCCCAAGGCGGUGGGGCGCGAGAGUGCAGCGAGUAGCCAGCCGUCGGAAUAUCCCAGCACGCAGCCGGCUUGGCCAGCCGAGCCUGACGAUUUUAGCAUUCAUGAAGACGCAUAGUUGCGAUCUUGAUGACAUCUCCAUUUAUUGUAUGAUUUUAUUUUUUUGGCAUGUUUUUCUUGCACGGCGUUAUAUGGAGUUGGAUAUCUACAUCAACAUUUUCCUUUGGAGGAGCACAUGUAGGGGAACGUAGGAAACAAUUGUAUACCAUGGGACAUUAUGUAUUGCACAAAACAAGCAGAUGCUUGCUUUUAGAUAGAUGAACAAGAGAAUUUCUCCUCUAUU